AGCAAAUGAAGCAACCGAUAUAACUAACCCUAGAAGUAAAGAAUCCACUUGAUUACUAACUAAUAUUACUAAUAAGGAGAAUAAUCGGCGACCUACUAACCUUCUAUCCUAAUCCUCGACCUUCACACCUUCCUAUCUAGGGUCGUGUCCUCAGUAAGCUGAAGUUGUGUCAUGUCUUGUCUAAUCACCUCCACCUAGUUCUUCUUCGGCAAAAUAUGGAUGCUACCCACUAAAAAAUGGAUAUAUGGAUAACAUGUAUAUUCAUAUUAUCAAUACCCAUUUUUCUGCUUGUUAUUUUUAAUGAGUUCUUAUUUUCUGAGAGUCUAAGCUUAUUUUGGCUUUUAGCUUGUGUUCUCACUUGACUAUUCCCGAAGCCACGGAUAAUAUGGAUAUCCAUAUUAUCCGUCGGUUAACCCGUUUUUUAUUCGUGUUAAAUAUGGGUGGGUUGGAUAUGUUAUUCGUUUUUGCUUAACCCGUUUUCGACCUUCCCAUAUCCGAUCCAACCUGCCUGUUUGCCCACCUUGGUUCCAUUUAGAGGAUUAGUUAGUAUAUUGAAUUGAGAUAUUGAGUUUUUGGGAGAAUGGUUGUCCAAAAAGUUUGUCCGGUAUUGCUGUAUAGUUAUGGUUUAUAUGUGCUAUCAGAUUCCGCAAUUUUGGAAUAAAACUUUGUGCUUAUAAAUUACUAGCAAUUGAUCACAAUGUUAGGCAUGUGAAGAUUGCUUUCUGGAACCGGAGGAUGCUCAAGGAAUUGGUUUCUGCCUAGUGCGUAACCUUUGAGUUGAGCAACUUUUGUGAAAAUGGGAACCCCUUACCGCAGUGGGACUUUCAAAAGAUCGAAUGAUAGUGCUAGACUUGUUAUCACCACUAUCAUGGGAAUGGUGUUUGGAUACUUUGUUGGGAUUUCUUUUCCAUCUGUUUCUCUAACAAAGAUUAAUUUACCUUCAAGCUUAAUAUCAACUCUUGAUUAUGCCUUCAAUGAUGAUCAUAGACGUGCUAUGGAGCGUAGUUUCCCGGAGAAUCUUGGUUCUGGUAGUACUCCUUUAACACCAAAGAUAUAUGUCCCAACAAAUCCUCGUGGUGCACAGUCAUUGCCACCAGGGAUUGUGGUCUCAGAAUCAGAUUUUUAUUUGCGAAGGUUGUGGGGUGAACCAAGUGAGGAUCUGACAAAAAAGCCCAAGUACUUGGUUACAUUUACAGUUGGUUUGGAUCAAAAGAAUAACAUUGACGCAGCGGUUAAAAAGUUUUCAGAGGAUUUCCAAAUUUUGCUUUUCCAUUAUGAUGGUCGAACGAGUGAGUGGGAUCAAUUUGAAUGGUCCAAGCGUGCAAUUCACAUCAGUGUUAGGAAGCAGACAAAAUGGUGGUAUGCAAAGAGGUUUUUGCAUCCCGAUGUUGUAGCUGCCUAUGAUUACAUAUUUAUAUGGGACGAAGAUCUUGGAGUUGAGCGCUUUAAUGCAGAGAAAUAUAUUCAACUAGUUAAGAAACAUGGUCUAGACAUCUCUCAGCCUGGUCUUGAACCCAACAAUGGACUCACAUGGCAGAUGACUAAGAGGAGGGGUGACCGAGAAGUUCACAAGGAUACAGAAGAGAAACCAGGCUGGUGCAGCGAUCCACAUUUGCCUCCUUGUGCAGCUUUUGUGGAAAUAAUGGCUCCUGUCUUCUCUCGAGAAGCUUGGCGAUGUGUUUGGCAUAUGAUUCAGAAUGAUUUGGUGCAUGGAUGGGGAUUGGAUUUUGCACUAAGAAGAUGUGUAGAGCCUGCUCAUGAAAAAAUUGGCGUAGUCGAUUCAGAGUGGAUUGUUCAUCAAGUUAUUCCUUCUCUUGGGAAUCAGGGGCAGCCCGAGAAUGGCAAAGCUCCAUGGGAAGGGGUCAGAGAGAGAUGUAGAAAUGAAUGGGCAAUGUUCCAAGAUCGGUUAGCUAAUGCAGAUAAAGCAUAUUUUGCCCAGCAUGGAAAAACUCGAGUAUAACGCGCCUCCAAAUGUCUUGUACAUUGCUUCUUUCGUCUAGUUUCUCUUCUUCUUUUUUCUGUUUCUAGGGGUGUGCCUAUUCUUUUUAUCAGUGUCUGUUUCUUUUUAUCAUCUUUUCUUUCAAUAUUAGAGUAGUGAAAUUCUAUGUAGCUAGUGAACGCUAAACCAUUAGAUAUUGGAGGGUUUCUUGUGCAUAUAGAUGAUACACAAGGUUUAUAGUCAAUGUUUUCUGCACUU